CGGUUCCCGCCUGCAGCCUUGGCUGGCUGGAGGGCGGCUGUCCCUUUAAGUCGGGUUCCCGUUGGGACUGCCGCAGCCAGGGGGAGUGGGUGGGGGUGAAAGAUGUUGGUGAGAGCCCUGCCUCUCCAAAGGCUCCCCCCCAGCCAAGCCUUCCCGGCUUCCAGCCCAGACAGCAGCCAGCCAGUGGCGUUCCUGGCUCCUCGGGAUUUUCCUUUUCCUCCGAAGCUGCUGAUUCAUCCCCAGGCUGGAGUCGGGCUCAGCUGUGGGGCUGGGAGCAUGGGCUCUCAGGCUGCUGCUGGGUGGAGGAACUGGGCCUCCUGGGAGGUGUCCUCCAGCCCCUCUGGAUGCUCCAUGGGGUGCUUCAAGGAUGACCGCAUCGUCUUCUGGACUUGGAUGUUCUCCACCUACUUCAUGGAGAAAUGGGCUCCCCGGCAGGACGACAUGCUUUUCUACGUGCGCCGGAAGCUGGCGUACUCCAGCAGCGAAAGCUGUGCAGAUGGGAGGAAGGCAGCUGAGCCCGAGGUGGAGGUGGAGGUGUACCGGCGGGACUCCAAGAAGCUGCCAGGCCUGGGAGACCCUGACAUCGACUGGGAGGAGAGCGUCUGCCUGAAUCUCAUCCUGCAGAAGCUGGACUACAUGGUGACCUGUGCGGUGUGCACACGUGCUGACGGCGGGGACAUUCACAUCCAUAAGAAGAAAUCUCAGCAAGUGUUCGCGUCCCCCAGUAAACACCCCAUGGACAGCAAGGGGGAGGAGUCCAAGAUCAGCUACCCCAACAUCUUCUUCAUGAUUGACAGCUUCGAGGAGGUGUUCAGCGACAUGACUGUGGGGGAAGGAGAGAUGGUCUGCGUGGAGCUGGUGGCCAGUGACAAAACCAACACGUUCCAGGGGGUCAUCUUUCAGGGCUCCAUCCGCUACGAGGCGCUCAAGAAGGUGUACGACAACCGGGUGAGCGUGGCCGCCCGCAUGGCACAGAAGAUGUCGUUUGGCUUCUACAAGUACAGCAACAUGGAGUUUGUACGCAUGAAGGGCCCCCAGGGCAAGGGCCACGCCGAGAUGGCGGUCAGCCGAGUGUCCACAGGUGACACGUCCCCCUGUGGGACUGAAGAGGACUCCAGCCCAGCUUCGCCCAUGCACGAGCGGGUGACCUCCUUCAGCACGCCCCCCACCCCAGAACGGAACAACCGGCCCGCCUUCUUCUCCCCAUCCCUCAAGAGGAAGGUGCCCCGGAACCGGAUCGCUGAGAUGAAGAAGUCGCACUCGGCCAAUGACAGCGAGGAGUUCUUCCGGGAGGACGACGGUGGAGCCGAUCUGCACAAUGCAACCAACCUGCGGUCUCGGUCCCUGUCGGGCACAGGACGGUCCCUGGUCGGGUCCUGGCUGAAGCUGAACAGAGCAGAUGGCAACUUCCUUCUCUAUGCACACUUAACCUACGUCACUUUGCCGCUGCAUCGGAUUUUAACAGACAUCCUGGAAGUUCGGCAGAAGCCCAUCCUGAUGACCUAGCCGCGUGCGGAGCCUGCGCAGAGCCCCGGCCGGGCCCAGCCCUGGGAGUGCUGCCAAGUGCCUACCUGUCCACCGCCACCGGGGUCUUCUGUGACACGCCAGUGCUGGAGCCGCAGCCAGGCGAGGCCACUCGACUCCCGGGGCCAGGGCCGACUCCACGAACACCAGCCCAAACUGAAGUGCCUCUUCCCUCCCCUGCUGGCUCUGCUCCGCCCUGUGCCCCCUGCCCAUCGCCCCCCACCCAUCUCUGGAGAGCCCUCUGCACCCAAAGAGGAGUCGAGAUGCUGAGCGGCCAUGAGAGAGAGCGGGAGGAGCAGCUGAUGCCCAGAGCGGGGCCAGACCAGCGCAUCUAUGUUCACAUCCCCCCAGCGGAAGGCGGAACCACCCAGCCAGGGCACUCAGCGCAUCAGACUGUCCACACCUUCUUGAGGAAAGCCGGUGGAAGAUUCUGGAAUGCCGUGCGGAUGAACUUCAGCACCCGAGUCAGUCCCAGCUCAUCCUCCCCAGUUUACCACUUUGUUCUAAUAGGAGAUGGGAACACAAGAAGUUUGAUGGCUUUGCCCUGGGCUGGGAAUACCUCACCCACGCCCAGUUCCAGAAAGGCCUCCAGCUGAGCAGACGGCCCUGAUCCCGCCAGAACGGCCUUUUGCUUCCAGCCAAAGAACACCGCCAACACCUCCAACCUGGGACAUCCCACGCUGGGCCUUGGACGGAGGGACCUCCAGAAUUUGGAUUCUGAGGGUAGUCGGGAGGCCUCGGUAGCCAGGCAGAACAGGACAUCUGCCAAAGGGUGUCUGCCGUGGGGUGGGGCUGGCAUCCUCCCGGGAAGGUUCUAGGUGGGACCCUGUCUUUUGGGGACGGGGGUGUCUCUUCAUCUUCCCUGGUUUCCUAGAGCUCACUUCCUUUGACGGCGUGUGCUGGUCCCAUCUCAGACCAGCUCACUGAGGCAGAGGAGUUGCUCAGAGGCUCACAUGGGCACCCCCAUCGGUUCGUGUGAGCAGCUGCUCAGCCCCCAGGCCUGCCCUCGGCCUGGUCCAGCAUGAAGGCGUUUCCAUCUGCAAGGAUGCACGGUACCCUCCCCGAGAGCAGACCUGUCCCCUCCCCAGCUGGGAGUAAACUGGAAGCUGGGUCUCUGUGUUGCUAUGUGCUUUUGUGUGAAGUUCCCAGGAAUAUUUGAGGGGUUCCAGUCAUGUGUUUAGGGAUCUUCUCUGUGGGGGAAAAGGAAGAGGAGGGGCUUGUUCUCCCACCUGAUUAUUCUUUGGGCUCCGGGAACAGGGGACUACUUUGGGGCUUUCUCCAGACUUUUGUAUGUUAUUAUUAAAAGCGAGCUAUUGCAUUUCA